AUGAGUUCGGCGGGCCAGGACUUCAGUCUUCGAGAUCGCGCAAAGGCUCUAGACAGUGAAGAUGCGCUACCAUCCCUUCACCACGAGUUUGUCAUCCCGACAAAAGCCGACAUAGCGAGUAAACGGCUCGCAAGGGAAGGGGUCCAAGGUCACUUCAAACCCUUGGAGGAUUCACCUCUGCCGACAUGGCUGGACGCGGACGAGAAGGCUGCACAGAUGAUUGCACCGAUCGUUGGCGCCGAGUCGUCAGAGGUCGCUGUGAUGCAGACGCUUACGGGCAAUCUACAUCUCCUACUCUCAUCGUUCUACCAUCCGGAUCCGAAGGGCAAGCACAAGAUCAUCCUCGAAAGCAAGGCUUUUCCGAGUGAUCAUUUUGCCGUAGAGACACAGAUCCGCCAUCAUGGCCUGUCUACAGCAACAUCUAUGGUGCUUGUAGAAUCGCCAUUCUCUACUGACAAUGUGUUUAGCACCUAUGACAUCCAGUCCCUCAUUUCGAAACAUGCAAACGACACUGCGCUCAUCCUCCUCCCUGGGAUACAGUACUACACUGGCCAGCUGCUGGACAUUCCUACCAUCACAGCGUACGCUCACAAACACGAAAUCUUUGUCAUCUGGGACCUCGCACACGCCGUCGGCAAUGUGCCAUUGUCUCUUCAUGACUGGGAUGUUGAUGCGGCGGCUUGGUGUAGCUACAAGUACCUGAACGGCGGCCCAGGUUGCAUCGGAGGCAUGUUUGUGCAUACCCGCAACAGCCAGGUCACAAAGGCAAUCACAGAAGAAAAGGCCGAGGAAGGUUACACUAAUCGCUUCGCUGGGUGGUGGGGAAAUGACAAGUCGACGCGGUUCGUGAUGGCAACGAAGUUUCAUCCUGUGAAGGGCGCUGCCGGCUUCCAGUUGAGCAACCCAAGCAUCCUCGAUAUUACGAGCUUGUGUGCUUCCCUUGAAGUCUUCGAACUGGCUGGUGGAGUGCUGGCAUUGCGACAGAAAUCAGUUCGACUGACGCAAUACCUCGAGGAUUUGCUUAAAGAUAUGUCAGAGCAGUCAAAAGCGCUGUUCAGGAUUAUAACGCCAACGGAUCCGACUCAAAGAGGUGCUCAGCUCAGUUUGCUCCUAUCCGACGGCUUGUUGGAUGGUGUGAUGAAAGAACUUGAAGCACGAGCUGUCAUUGUCGACGAACGUAAGCCGAAUGUCAUUCGGGUAGCUCCUGCUCCACUGUACAAUACUUUUGGGGAUUGCCUUGACUUCGUCGAGGCCUUUGAAGUUGCUCUGCAGGCUGCGAAUAAAGCAAAAUAG